AGCUAACAAAGCGGUAGUCCGUGUACAAAUCCUCUAGCACCAUUUUCCUUGCACGUGCCUUCGCAGUUUGAUAUAUAUUUUUUGUUUGUUUAUAGAGCCUUGCUUUUUUUUUUUUCUUCUACCUCCGUUACCCGACCCCUCCUUCUCGCCGUUUCUCAAUUGGAUACGACAGGACAACGACAACCGGCGAUGUUCCACAAUAGCUACCAGGCGGGCUUCCUGUCCAUCCUCUACAGCAUCGGCUCGAAGCCGCUGCAGAUCUGGGACUCGAAGGUCCGCAACGGCCACGUCAAGCGGAUUACCGACGAGGACAUCCAAAGUAGCGUGCUGGAGAUCGUCGGCAGCAACGUCAGCACCUGCUACGUUACCUGCCCCGCCAACCCGAAGCAGACCCUCGGCAUCAAGCUCCCCUUUCUGGUCAUGAUCAUCAAGAACAUGAAGAAGUAUUUCUCGUUCGAGGUGACGGUGCUGGACGACAAGAACAUGCGCCGUCGCUUCCGUGCCAGCAACUACCAGAGCACGACCAAGGUGAAGCCCUUCAUUUGCACCAUGCCGAUGCGGCUGGACGAGGGAUGGAACCAGAUUCAAUUCAACCUGUCCGACUUCACUCGCCGCGCCUACGGCACGAACUACGUGGAGACGCUGCGGGUGCAGGUGCACGCGAACUGCCGCAUCCGGCGCCUGUACUUCAGCGAUCGCCUGUACGCCGAGGAGGAGCUGCCACCGGAGUUCAAGCUGUUCCUGCCGAUUGCGCAGCAGCCGCAGGCGGCAGCAGAUCAGGUGAACGUUGAGGCCGCGAACGCUGCCGAGGUGCCACAGGCCACCGCUUCUCAUUAA